AUUUUAGAAAGCAAACACAAAAUUUCCAUAGUCGUGUUUUAUUUUAACAUUUGCUCAUAGUGAAGUCACUUCACAAAGGUACACCGCAAGGGGAGAAAAAUCUUUACCGUCUGCGUUCCAGGAGUUUUUGUUUUCCUGGUUGUUUUUUAAAUUCAGUUUUAUUAAUCUUGUUCCUGACUGAAACGCACAGAACAUUCCUUUAAGAUCCCAUUCUAAGCAAAUCAAGUCAUAGUAGGCAGGUAAGACAAGGAAGCUAUUUCUAAAUGAGAACAUCCUUCUUGUAUUUCCAACACUAGCCAUGUGCUCAACUUCUGGGAUCUGCCGUAUUUUUUUAAACAAUAAUUCUAAUUGUAAAGGAUGGGGGCAGAGGGAUGGCAGGUCUCAGCAUCUCUGGUUACUCCAAAACAAACGUGGCAAAAACUACUUGAAAGCAGAUGCCAAAAAUGAUUUCUACUGGAGACCCAACUAAUAAGCUUGUGAAGCGAUGACUGAUGGUGUCACACAGAAAACCGUGCGCCCCGUAGCUUCCAAACCGUCUUUUGUAAAGUCUCUAGGGUUCAUGAAGGAAGUUCGUGGAAAAAAGUAUGGUAUUUAAUUUGUUCCGUCUGUUCCAAACUCAGCAUAAAGAACUACUAGAGUUCACUGUCCUAUUUUGUGACCUCUCUUAUAACCAUGUGGCUUUCUAAAGACUUGUUGUUCUAGAAAUGUCCACCGGGCUAGAGAACUAGACUUUGCCCUUGAGAAUUACCAAACGAGAGAGGAAUGUCUUUUUUGUCAGCCUUGGGCCCGCAGCUUGGAGCUUCACACACCGCACGUAGGAUUUCGGAAGCAUUCACCUUCGCGUUCGGUGAUCUCAGACACACUCUCGGGUGCCAGCCGCUGUGCCUGUCCCCUGGCGGCCCCGCACCCCGUAACGCUGACACCCGGCCCCCUUUUCCUUUCAGCGGAUUCACACGAGCGCCUCCGACAGCUAGGGGAGCCCCGGGCGGCACCACCUCGCAGGAGCAGCGCGUCGGGAGCAAGUCGUCUGGUGAGGCCGGUGGGCCCCGCGCCGCGCACGCGCACGGGGAGCCGGUACGUGAGCCACGUCGCGUCUGCGCAGGCGCGCCCUCCACCCUCUGCGUCCUCGGAGCCGCGUGCGCGCCGCUCCUGCACCUCGGCGCCUGUGACUUCCUGUUAGAGAUUCUGGACUUUACUCGAUCGCAGACAGCCUGCUUACCCCAUCUUGGUUUGAAACAAUGGCUGUUAAAAUACCAGCUUUGGAAGCUGACUUUGCAGCAGGUCUCCGCCAGUCUAAACAAAAUUAAGAAUCUCGGUCAGCAGCUCUACAUUGAGUCAAUGGCCAAGUCACCAGAUAAGCAAGUGACGGCGAUGCGCACAGGACGGCUUGGCGAUGAGCAGGUCUCUUCUGCCUUCCAGACGUUGAAAGACGAUAGCAUGCACGUGGAGUCUAGUGAAGAUUGGAGAAAAGACCAGCAUAGCCCAUCUUAUCAGCAAAUAAACUGCAUUGACCGUGUUAUCAGAUACCUGAGGAGCUGCGACGUUCCGGCUUUGAAAAGGAAGAGCGCGUCCUCUUCAUCCUCGGAAGACAGACAGAACCACAAGGCAAAUGAUGCCCAGACCUUGCACGCUGCGCCUCAGACCCCAGCCACAGCUCACUUGGAGAUGUCUACUGCGAGGCGGUCCGCAGACGCUGCAGGAUGCGCCCCCCGGAGCCUGUCCCCGGCGGCGCUGAGCCUGGGCUCUGGCACGAGCCAGUGUAGCUACGGCAGCACCGUUGUCCACGCCCCGCCGCCAGAGUCAGCAGAAGCGACUCUGGCAGAGGAUGCUGUCCCAGCGUGUGAGCCCUGGACCCCGUGCUCACACCCAGGUCCGCAGACCUCAGAAGAAUUUCAGCAUGUAGGGCUCACAAAAGCCAUGCUGUCAGCCCACGCACAGAAGGAGGAACAGAAUUAUGUUGAUAAAUUCCGAGAAAAGAUCCUGUCAUCGCCCUACAGAGCCUGUCUUCCGCAAGAAAGCAGAAGCAAAGCUAAACAUUUGUACGUUCAAGGAGGCUCCGCUUCCAAGCAGAGCAGCGCGGCCGGCGGCAAGAAGGGGAAGCACAAGGGGAAGAAGCUGCCACAGCUGCCAGGCAGCAGUGGCACUAAGGACGCCUUCUGUCCCCAGUUGCAAGGGGACGUCCAGGACACACAGCCCUGGGGCCCUUCCCUCGCCUCCUCUCUGUGGGCCUCCGGCCUGUCUUUCCCGGCUCCUUCCCCCGACCCGGCCCUGCCCCGUGGGGGAGGAGGCCACGUGGCAGCAGUGGCUCCGUUCGAAUGUCUGUCUGAGUCACGUUUGCCCAACUGCUUGCAGUCUUUUCCUGCGCCCCCUCCUCUCUACUUAGAUACUUUGAUGACCAUUUUCCUGCAUGAACCCCCUGUCUGUCCCCUUUUGUCACCAUCCUUCCCUCCAUAUCCGUUCUUGGGAGCACCAGACUCUUCCGAAAUUCCACCCUCAGCAUCAGCAGUGGCUGCCAGCCUGGAACCCCCGUGGUCGGUCCUCAGCCGAAGGCGAGCUGAGGGGAAAUGGGAGACGCCGCGUGAAGAGCACGCACUCACUACCUCGAGGAGCAGCUCACCACUGUGGCUCAGCUUACUGCAGGAAGACACGCUCAGAUCCCGCGAAUCUUCAGAUCAGAUGAGAAGGGGUAUUUGCCCAGAAGCCGAGGAUCGUGUCGUAGGCAACAGCGGGAAUAAGCACAGUUACACGGCAUUACUUCACGAGGAGUCUCCUUCCAGAACAGGUUGUGCAGCAUCAGGAAGCAGUGACCACAGUAUAUACUCCACUAGUGGUGAUUAUUCUUCUCAAAUCACCUCAGAGGGACAGCAGUCUCAGGAUGUACAGAAGAAAGAAACAUUUCCCAAUUUUGCUGAAGAGUCCGUGUGGAGAAUGAUAAAACAGACACCUGAGUGCAUUCUAAUGACAUAUCAGGUACCUGAGAGGGUGAAAGAGACCGUGCUGAAAGGGGACCUGGAGAGGCUGGUGGGCCUGCGGCCGCGGCAACCCCGGUUUUCACGUGCGCAGAGGGAGUUGCUGGCCAAGGUGCACUCUUGGAUUCAGAGUCAGACUGUCCCUCGAGAAAUAGACAUCCAGGAGACGAUCCCCGAGUCAGCGAGCUGCACAUCUGCAGCUCACAGGAACCGAGAGCAAGCAUGUGUCUCUGUUAAGAGUUUAAAGCUCAGGGACAGGGGAUUUGAGCACGUGCACCUACCCCAUCAGAAACUGAGGAGAAUUCAGACCGCUCCCAGCCGCAUCUACACAUCCUUCACUGUAGAGACUUUUCCACAACAAGAUGCUGAUUUUUUUUAAGUGAUGAUACCAUAUGUCAUUUUUAAGGGUUGAGGGGACAUGCAGGAAAGGUAAUGUUUAAGUGAGUUGUAGUUUAACUGUUUCAACUAAAUUGCAUUUUUGUGACUUUUCUGCUUAGUAUUUGCUUCUGUUAAUUUUAUUAGCUUUACUUUUCAAUUUUCAGAGAGUUCUUUAUAAAUUCACGAAGGGGUGCUGGGGUGGCUUAGUUGGUU